AUGGCGACUUCUGCAUCUGAUUAUGACAAGAAAUCACUCUUAGAUUUGAAAGUCAAUCUGGAUGAAUAUUUUGGAGAGGAUAGCGAUUCAGUUCCUGGAAAUUUAAAAGGACGAGAUGCCUGCGAAUAUAUUCGAAGACGUGUUAGGCGUUUAGGUGCUGGAAGCUUGAAUGGUUUACUGAAUUUGCGACAACCAAACAAAAUGGAGAUAGUACAGCAAGUGUACUCCUUAACUAUGAACAAUAUUAACUCUGGAAGCUGCACAUUUGAUGAUUUGAAAACAAUUCUGGACACAGUAACGGUUUUGUUGGUUAACAAUAACAUACCACCAAAAUUAAGUUUUAACAACAUUUUGGAAUGGUGCAAAAAACUGUACACAAUGAAUAAGCCACAAGGAACAGAUCGCCCAUAUCUGGAAACGUUUCUUUAUUUUGUCCUCUACAACUUCCCGACUGAAGAGCGACUGAGAUUUAACAUUUGUCUAGUACAAGAUUUGAUCUCUGCAAUUGAAAAAUGGCAGGCAGCUUUUCAAAAGAAUUACCCAAAGUUUAGAAAUGAAGAAAUUAAACUAAGAAGAAGAGAAACAACAUUGUUUUUCCUGGGAAAUGGUCAGCCAUUGAGAGACAUUGUCUAUCAGGAUUCUCUGAAAGAAAUGGAACAAUAUUCUUUAACAGAAAAGUGGGACCUUCCAGAAGUGAGGGAGAAGUUGAGAAUGAUGACAGGAAGUCUCUGUGAUCAUGGGGAAAGAGUCCAAAUAACCAUUACAACGAAGCAAGGAAACAAAUUUUCAUUUUCAAUUCAGACAUCACACAGAGUAUCUAAAAAGGAUAUGUGGCAGAAGAGGGUCUUCUUUUAUAUUGGCUUCAGUUUUUCUGGUCCACGAGCAUUUGGUAUGUCAACAGAGGAACUUGGUUUAAAGAAAGGUGCUGUACCUGUCAUUCGCACUCAGAAUUUUAUUUCUUCAACCAGAGGCCUAAAAGACUACAGACAUCCUUUUUUGAUGGCCCUUUACCGUGACCAGAAGGACUUACUGUUAAAAAGGCAACAGGAAAAGAAUCGAAGUUCACAGUUGCAGCUGGACAGAGACAUACAGCGAAUCACAAGCACCAUCAAGAAACUGAUUGGAGAGCCUGUAGAUGACUAA